AUGGUUGAGGACGGAGGGUGCCUCACCGUGACAGCCGUUGAAGCGGCGGACAGCGUCCUGGACCUGAUGAGGUUAGACGAGAUGAAGCCCUGGAAAACAGUGGUGGUACAGCUGGCUGCUGAGCUCCUCGGCACGUCCCUGCUGGUGGUCGUCGGGUGUGGCUCGACUACAACGGCGUGGUCAGAAGGCUACCAGCCGACGACUGUUCAGGUGGCCCUGACAUUUGGACUUACUGUCGCAUGCAUCGUGCAAACGCUGGGCUACGUAAGCGGCGCUCACGUGAACCCGGCAGUGACUGUGGGCCUGGUGGUGGGCGGCUUCCUGGGCCCGCUGAAGGCUCUGCUGUACGUGACGGCGCAGUGUGUGGGCGCCACCGCUGGCUCAUUCGUGCUCCAGGCCCUGACACCCAACGAGACGGUCGCAACGCUGGGCGUUACAGCCUUGAAUCGGCACGUGACGCCGACGCAGGGCUGCUUCGUGGAGAUGGUCAUAUCAUUCGUGCUCGUGAUGGCCGUGUACAGCGCUGUCACAGGGGGGGCGGCGGCGGCAGCAGCAGGACCCUUCACUGUCGGCAUGUCUAUAACAGCCUGCCACUUGUUCGCGGUAUGUUUCCCAGGGGCCCAAGGACCCUGA